AUGGCGUUUGCCGGAUUGAAGAAGCAAUUCAACAAAGCCAACCAGUAUGUUAACGAGAAGAUCGGUGGUGCUGAGGGGACGAAGCUGGACGAGGACUUCAUGGAAAUGGAACGGAAAACGGACGCUAUGUCAGAACUCGUGGAAGAGCUUCAGACCAAAACGAAGGAAUAUUUACAGCCGAAUCCCGGCAUUCGAGCCAAAAUGGCUGCUGUCAAAGGUAUCUCUAAACUAAGUGGACAAGCGAAAGCGGCCACUUAUCCCCAACCGGAAGGAUUGCUCGGGGAAUGCAUGAUUACGUAUGCGAAGAAGCUGGACACGGAUUCCGCUUUUUGUAAGCUGAAUUCAGAUCAUCCUGACGCGCUGAAUGAGUUCGGCGAGAGCUUGAAGCAGAUGGCCGAUGUGAAAUAUUCCCUGGAUGACGCAAUUAAACAAAAUUUCCUGGAACCGUUGCACCACUUACAAACCAAGGACAUAAAGGAAGUGCUGCAUCAUCGAAAGAAGCUCCAGGGCAGAAGAUUGGAUUACGAUUGCAAGAAACGGAAGCAAGUCAAAGGUGAGUUGAUGAUGCGAUUUUGGUGCAUUCGUUUAUUUUCAAACAGCUUAACGAUUGAAUUGAAAUUCGAGGACCGAGAAGCCCAGCUGGCGUUUACGGGAGUCCUGUUCGGGCAUCAUCGAAAGAAGCUCCAGGGCAGAAGAUUGGAUUACGAUUGCAAGAAACGGAAGCAAGUCAAAGUUAUAAUGAAUGAUGAGGUUCUUAAACCGCGUUCCUUCCUGUGGGAAAACUAG